AUGUCGUGCGACUCGGCCUUUUCCUCCUUCGACCAGAUAAGUCCGUGCAAUAGCUCGGAGGAACAGAAGCCCCCGGCACCACCCUACGGCCCCCUGCCCAAACCUCCCGUCGUUGUCUUCGGCUCGCAAGGGUCCGACUUUCUAAGCAGCCUCGACGUCAUCCUCGGGCUCUCACGCCACUACGCUGAACUAUCUGCAUUCUUGUCUCUCGCUUUGGACGCCGUCCGCACCGAACUUCAGAGCGUCGCGAAUCGUCACAUUGACGCCUCAGCAUCCGGCAGGCCUACUACGAUCGAGCAGCGACAAUCCGAGGUGGAGCUGCUGACCGUUCUUCCACCGUUUGACUGCUUCUCCGAUCUCCGGACCCUCGUCGACUUUCAUCGCCGCAACCAUAUCACAGACCCGGUCAUCAAUGGCGUGCUUCUCUGUCUUCUCCAGACCGCGAGCGUCGUUGCAGUCUACUGUGUGGCGCAAGCGAAUGGUCCCGGCAACGAGCCCAUGACUGCUUCAGUCCAGCUCAACGAGGCUUGGAAGGCUCUGUCCGAGCCCUGCUCCCAUCUCUUGGGCUUCUGCACCGGCGCUCUGUCCGCAUUCUCUUUGCGUCAAUUGGCCGAAGUCCAGUCUUCUACUAUGCCACUCAACAUUUGGACGUACGCCAAGGAUGCGAUCAAAGUGAUUCGCAUCUGCUUUUGGAUCAGCCUCCGUUCGGCACAUGCUCGCCUGCGCCUCACUCAAGGGGACAGUAUCGCGACGCCGUCUGAAAACUGGAGCCUGAUCGUCUCGGUCAAGGACUCGGACUACGUCGAGAAGGUCCAUUUGCGUCUUCGGCUGUUCAACGAACUGGAGCAACAAAGGCCCCUCCACGAACCCGUGCCUCUCGUUGUCACGGCCAUUGCGCUCAAUCAGAUAUCGAUCGGAGGCCCACCAAAGCAGCUGGCACGUUUCAAAUCGUACUUGAUCGAGCACAUGGGUGCGAAGUGCCGAGUCUUGCCUCUGAAGAUCUACUCGCCCUAUCACACGCCAGCACUCGAUCACGACGUAGAUUUGGUCAUGCUCGAUCUUCAGCGUCGAAGUCUGAUCAACGACAGCCCCUUACCGCCAAGCCAGAAGGUCCUGUGGGAGACGGUCAAUGCGAGCGUCCUCCGCGAGGACAGCUUGCGCGCUGCGCUGCGAGUCAUCAUUGCUAGCAACCUGUCUGCUACGGCAGAUUGGGUCAAGGUCUCCGAGGAGCUGGUUCUUCAUCAGGCAGACUUUGGGUCCGCGCCACUGGCAAGCAUGGUCAUCGUCUCGGUCGGUCCAGGCAUCGGUCUCGCAGCCGACCUUCAGACGCGUCUCUUGCGUCUGAGAGCCGAGACGCCUUCGUCAAAUCUAGUCAAGGUGAUCGACGUCCCUUCUCUGCUCUCAGAGCACAUGAGCAACUUAGGACAUUCGAUCCCGAAGGCUGUCCUUUUGCCACAGCCGGAUGUGGACGGCGAGGAGAUCGUCGUCGUGUCAAUGGCUUGCCGCUUCCCUGGCGAUGUCCGCACUCCCGAGCAGCUUUGGACAUGCCUCGAGACCGGAAGAUCCACAGUCACCGAGAUCCCCAAGCACCUCUUCGACAUCGACGCAUACUACGGAGACGGUAUUAAUCAGACGAAGGCGAGGCACAUGCAUGCGUUGCCCGAGGACGUAAUCAAGUCGAUGGACGCUCGUCUCUUUAGCAUGUCGCCCAAGGAGAUCGAGCAGCUCGAUCCGCAGCACCGUCUCGUCAUGCUUUGCUCCUACGAGGCUCUCGAGCGAGCAGGAUACUCGGCCGAAGCCAAUUCUCCUUCCGCAUUCGAUGGCAAACGCAUCGCCGUCUGCAUGUCAGCGAGCUGGGACGACUAUCGAGAGAACGCCAGCUGGAACAUCGGAAGCUACUUCAUCACGGGCAACAUUCGCGCCUUCAUUCCAGGCCACGUCUCAUUCUCGCUGAAGUGGGAAGGACCCAGCGUGUCGGUGGACAGCCUCGAGUGCUCAGCGGUAUCGGCGAUCCAGUGGUCUAGGCGAGCACUUCUCAGUGGACAGUGCGACGUGGCACUGACGGGCGCCGUCACCGUCUUGACGCAGCCACAGAUGUUCAUCGCCAUGGACAAGGAAGGCAUCCUGUCCCGCACCGGCACGAAUGCCACCUUUUCCUCCAAGCUGGACGGCAAGACAAGGGGUGAUGGCUGCGGCGUCUUGCUGUUGAAGCGGCGCUCAACCGCACUUACAGACGGAGACACGAUCCUGGCCACGCUUCCGGCAGCGAGAACCACCUAUCAUGGAUACAGCGACGACGUCGAGGAGGCUGGCGCUCUUCAGUCGCAAUUCCUGACUCGGGUUAUGUCCGAGGCAGGCGUAAGCGCGUCCGACAUUGUGCACAUUGAAGCGAGCGGCUACCAUACUCAACAAGGAGAAGCAACUGAGUUCGACUCUUUCAAGCGCUUGCUGGACCAGGCUCACGUUUCACACGACACAAGACCAGAAGAUCGGAUCUCAGUCGCGAGCUCGAGGCCAAACAUCGGUGCAGGCGAGGCGGUGUCCGCGAUGGCGUCGGUCAUCAAGGCCGUGCUGAUGCUCGAGCGGGGAAGCGUUCCACGUCAGGUCUCGAUCACUCACCCCUCCGAGCUGCAGGUCAAGAUCGCUGAAGCAUGCGCCAGCUCUGCCUUGUUCGUGCCGAUCCAAGCACAGAUGCUGCCAUCUGCCCAGGAUCGAAAGGGUCAGCGGCUCAUUCUGGUCAACAGUCUUGCCAGCACCGAGUCGCACGGCGUCGUGCUGGUCGGAGCUCCUACGAGCGGCGGGGAUGCAGCGAUGCAUCACUCGGCCUCCAAUAUUGCAUCCACACGGACCGAAACAGCCUGGAUCUUUGUGCUCUCUGCGAAGACCAAAGAGUCUGCGGACAUGAUGAAGAAAGCUCUCAUCAACUUUCUUCAGCGAGAAGUCAACCUGGCCGAUUUGAGCUACAGCCUGGCUUGCCGUAGAACGCACCACCCUUUUCGCCUUAGCGUGGUCGCCUCCGAUCAAGAUGAGCUCAUCCGCCGCCUUCGCGGGGCCGACUUUGUCGAGGCAAAGGCACGCGCCGACCUCCCGCCGCUCGGCUUCGUUUUCCAGACUCCCGAUCCCUCAUCGUGCCAAUCUCUGCAGGCUUGCUUUGUGUCGACUCUCGGACUCCGCAAUCGAUAUGAAGACCUCACUGUCGGCUUGGUCUCCACCAACAAGGCUCAGAGUCCAGACAGGGACUUGCGUCUCAUGCAACUUUGCGUAUUUGCGCUCCUGACCGACUGCGGUGUACACCCGUCCGCCAUCGAAGGCGACGCUAAUGCCAAGCUUCUCGCCAUGCUUUCAGAGCAAUGCGCUGAUGUGCAAGAGGCGCUGUCGACAAUUUCGAACAGUGGCGGUCCCGACCGUCACCUGUGGAUCAAGAUCGAUGAUAUCGUAAGCAUUUCUGCUCCUUCGUCGGCAGGGCAGAUCACCCAGUCUCCUCAGUCCGCGGAUCCCAAAGAGCUGCACACGUCUCUGCUAGCCACGCUCGGACGCUUGCACCAGCAAGGGUACACAAUUCGUUGGAUCGAGCUCUUCCGGCCCCACCUAGCGAGACUUUCUUUCAUCAACACGCUGCCAACCUACCCGUUCCAUCUGCAGCAACACUGGAUGGAGUACCACGAUCGCAAUCUACUGCCGCGCGUGCCUCUCAUCCAAGGUUCUUCUCCUGCUGUCGAAAAGACUGUAUCAGAGCCAGUCGACACGAACGACUUUGAGGCUCCUACACAACUGCUGCUGACCAAACAGAUCGGGGCCCAGCAAAGCUCGAGAACAUAUCGUGCAGACCUCGCUGAGGAAGCCGAGCUCAUUUUCCUCGAAACAAGAUCGCCUUGUGCUAUGAUGGUGGAACUGAUGGCAGAGUCGAUCAGAGAGGCAACUGAAUCAAUCGAGGGAACGAAUCUGGACUGCGACUUGCUUCUCUGCGACCUCGGCUUCCGUGACGCAGCAGAGCACUGGUCUCGCGACCGCUCCAUCACCAUCUCAGUGCAAUGUGCCAAGCGGCUGGCGUCGGAAACCGAAGGAUACGUCCAGUUCCGAGCAGGAGAUGACACUCCGCGGAUUGGCGGCUGUGAGUUCGUUUUAGUGGAGCGCGGGUCUAUAUUGAAGCGAUGGUCGAUUCUUCAGGGGAUGGUUCUCGACAGGAUCGCCGCCGUCAAAGAGGAAGGCGAGCUGUUCUCCGCUACGUUCGUCUACAAGACGCUGCUGAGCGACCCGGACAGCAGAGUAAAGUCCAUUAGAGCCGCCUAUCUCAGUGCUCAAUCAUCCGAUGCUGUCUUCAGUAUGGCCGUCCCGCCGCGGGAGCCCGGCUCUGCACACGGGAUCUCUGCGCUGCCUUCUAUCACCUCUGGCCUCGAGGAUUGCGCUCGCUGGUAUGCGCACAGUAUGGACUCUCAGAUCGACGCGGGUCUCGGAUUCCUAUCCGUGGAGGAGCUCGUGCUCUGCAAUCAUUGGCUCGAAGAGCUAGACAGGGCUUCCAGCACAAGACCCGGCUACGUCGUCUACAUCUCGCGGUCUUCCCGCGAGCCAGUCGUGUCUCCGCACGAAUUCGGAAUCAACAUUCUGGUUCUCAACACUGACGACGAAAUCGUCGCAGAGCUCAGCCGUGUCCGUCUCGGCGAAGUCGAUCGCGUCCCAAGCAAAGCUGCGUCUAGACAAGCGCCCGUAUCGCCCCCUCUUGCUGCCGCCGGUACGAAGGCAGCUCCUUCCGAAAACCCGACAAUCUCGGCACAUGAUCCCGCUCCACGGGUGGCUGCUACUCAGCCGGUCGACAGCAAGGCUGUCCCCGUGGCGUCGACAGGUCGUGCGAUGGACACCUUCAACAAGGUGCUGGGAGUCCUAGCGGCGGAGUUGGGCAUCGCGGUCGAAGAGAUGAAGCCCGGCGUCAAGUUCGCCGACCUCGGGCUCGACAGUCUCAUGUCUUUGGUGUGUAUCUCAACCUUGGAGGCUUUGCAUCUUGGCUUUGAGAUCCCGCAGUCGCUGUUCCUGGAGUGCGACAGCCCUGCAGAGCUGCUGCAAUGGAUCCGAGAGCAAGCUGGUGACGACGCCGAUGGUGAUGACACCCAGCACCAGGGCGCUGUCCCCGCAACGGCUGCAGAGGAAGCUCCAGCCAGCCCGCACUUCCCCCCGAUGGCAGAUGUAAGCCCAGCACAGAUGAGCAAAGACUCGAAAGAGACGCACAGCAACUCGGCCGUCGAGGAAGCCUUUAAGACGAUCCGGACCACCAUCGAGACCGAGCUUGGUGUGGCAGAAGGAAGCAUCGACGGUGAGGCCAACCUCGCCGACCUGGGUAUGGACUCGCUCAUGUCGCUGCUCGUCCUCGGCAACCUGACCGGAGCGCUACCGAUCGAGCUACCGUCCUCGCUCUUCAUGGACUGCACCUCACUUCGUGAGAUUCACGCGUUCCUAGCAGCCGAGCUCGGUGAACCCUCCAGCAACGGUGCGACCGUCUCGGAAGCCGUCACACAGCCUCCACCCGGCAAAGCCGUCAACAUCAUCGUCCCUCCCGCAAAGAAGCCCGUACUCCUGCGCCAGGGCAGCGACCCAUCCUGCAGUACACCGCUGUUCUUGCUCCCCGACGGCUCCGGCAUGUCGACUGUCUAUCAGAACUUCCACGCCAUUGACCGCCCCGUCUACUCGCUCAACUCGCCGUACCUCGCCGACGCCACCACCUGGACCGGCGGAAUCGCCCCGAUUGCACAACACUAUCUCGCGAGCAUGCAGCUCGUCCAGCCCAUCGGUCCAUGGCUUGUCGGCGGAUGGAGCUUUGGCGGCAUGGUCGCCUUCGAGAUCGCACGCUUGCUCGCCACGUCCAACGGUCCCGCCAGCGACAGAGUCGCGGGUCUGUUUUUGCUCGACUCGCCUUGUCCGAUCCUCUACCCGCCUCUACCGAUGAGCAUCGUGGAUUGGAUCUUCACUGCGCCCGAGGUGAAGGACAUUGCCCCGCCUGCGCUCUCCGAUAAGCUCGUCAAGCAUUUCAAAGCGACGGUGGACAGCCUCGUCGGGUGGAAGCCGUCACCCGUCGAGCUAGGCGACAAGAACAAGAUCCCAAAAACGUGGUAUAUCGUCGCCAACCAUCCGCUGCCUGGUAAGAUCGCCGAUAUCAAGGAGGUCAACGAGACGGUCAAGUGGCUCUUCCGCCCCAACCGAGCGGAGAAGAGCGGCGCAGAUGGAUGGCAGCAGCUGCUCCCGGUGGGAACGAUCGGCGUCAGCCCGAUCGCAGAGGCGAACCACUUUACACUCGUACGCGAGCCGGCGGUGGGCAGUGUUGCGCAGUGCUUGCAGGAAGCUUGUCGCGCGGCGUUGCCCCUUUAG